CAAUUAGCUGCGAGUACACUAUCAACAUAGCCAGGCUGUCCGACCAACAGGAAUGGUGGGAAGGAGUAAUUGGACAUUUUUCAAAUCCCGGUUAUCCAGUCCCUUAUGCAGCUGAUCAAAUGUGUUCAUGGAUCGUCAGCUCUCCGAUAUCACAUGUUCUUUUAACAUUCCCGGAAUUUGAUUUACUGGAUUCAGAAAAUUGUCAUGUAGACUACGUGGAAAUCUUUUAUGGUAACACCGACGAAUCACAGAGUUUUGGUAGAUUUUGUGGCAGUACUGCACCACGAGUGGUUGUCUCUACCGCAAAACAGUUAUAUAUUAGGUUUGUGAGUGGUCAUGUGACUGGAACCGGACAUACUGGAUUUACCGCUGAAUACUGUGAGGGACCAUUCACAUAUCUCAACCAGUCACAUGGUGAAAUUGUAGAGCGUGAUGUAGGACACGCAAUAUACUUCUUAGAAGCCGCCGAAAAUCACAGAAUUUACAUCGAAUUUCCACAUUUCAACCUCCCGCAUACAGACACAAGUGGUAGGGUCAGUAUAUAUGAAGGAUUUGGACCAGAGAGUAUGAACAAUCAAAUAGCCAUGUUCUUCCAUACAAACGCACACCCUGUUCUGUCCCAUACCAACACUGUUAAACUUGAUUACAAAAUGGAUUCUGGAUGGUACACAGAUGGAAUUAUUGCUACAUAUAAAAUGAUAGAAACUGAUUUCAAAGAAAUUUUUGGAGCAGGAGAAGGAAAUAUCAGUGUGCCAAUGGACAAAGUUUAUAAGGAUUACGAAUGGAUAAUUUAUGCAUAUGAUGACGUAAAUGUAGUAUUGGAAUUUCAAGAAUUUAUGCUAAUGUCCAGUAAUGACUGCAACAAAGAAUCUGUUGAAUUGAGACGUGGUCCUAGUAAAACAUCGGCGUUAAUGGCUCGACUAUGUGGUGAUACUAUAUCAAGGAUCUUUACAGCUGAUGUGAUACAUGUGAUGUUUACAACGGAAUCUAUUAAAUCUAACAGCACAACAUGUGAAUACAAUAUAUUCGACUCGAACAUGGGACAGAUUCAGUCACCUGCUGCGAAUUUAUAUCGACACGUGUCGUAUCGCUACGAUACACUUGAACUUGGUCAUUUUGGGAGGAAUCGCCCAGACGUUAUUAAAUCAUCUGGCCAUAAAAUACAAGUACGGUUCAACAUUUAUUCUAUUGACUUCAACUUUAUUGCGGAGUAUGUAACAGAACCAUUGGAUGAAAGAUUUGCUUGUGCUGUUGCCAGUAAUGUGGUUUAUGGUGAGCAUGAAGGUAAUAUCUCAUCUUCAAAUUACCCAGCCCCAUAUCCAGUUCAUCAGGAAUGUGUGUGGCACAUUGUAACUGAAAAACCAGCUUCUAUCAUUUACUUAAGCAUUGAAGAUUUCGUUCUGGAGGAUGCGUCUGGUCCUGCAACUUGCAGCUACGAUUAUCUCUCAGUAUAUGAUGGUCCUGUAUUAGAUUCUCCACUGAUUGGCACAUAUUGCGGAAAUGAAAUACCACACAGAUUUGUAUCUACUGGACCUGGGAUGACUUUACUUUUCAGGUCAAAUAAAAACAAGCAGAAGAGGGGAUUCCAACUGCAUUACCAAGCAAAAUGUUAUAAGGUAUAUACAAAUCCAAGUGGCACAAUUGAAGUCAGUCAGCGUUUAUCCCAAUCUGUGUUUUUUGAUAAUGAAUGUACAUUUGAGAUUCAAGGAUCCAAGGAUCAUGCUAUAUCAUUAGAAUUCACAGCACUUGGAAUUGAAUUCGACAAGUACAUAAGUGGUUAUUACCCUCCAUCUCAAGCAUCUCAUUACGUGGAUGUGUUAAUGGGGAAAAACAAAGAACUUGCAGUCAGAUAUUACGGUAACAUGCUGGCACCUUGGAUUACACUACCUACUAGUCCCGUAUACAUUGUCUACCAUUUGCCCAAUCGGUACUAUGAACCGUCUGCAAGAUUCAAUAUUACGUAUCAACGAGAAGAGAUUCGCUGUGAGUGGCCAUCAGGGAUGUUGUAUGUAGAUGAAUAUGGAAAGAUAAAGAAUCCUUGGCGAAAAAAUACAUACCCUUCUAAUCAAUCUUGUGAAUUUGCUAUAGCCAGCCAAUACGGGGGGCCAGUACGCCUGCGUAUGAAUUCAGUUGAUUUGGAUGCACAAAGUAAUACCACAGAUAACUGGUUAGACUGUGUCAAUUAUAUAGAAGUGGACAAUAGAGGAGACCGAUUGUGUCAUCUCAAACAACAAACUCAGUAUAUAACCAGUGGAACAUCAGCAAGUGUGAAAUUCAACUCUGGAAUCAAUCAAGGGAUUGGUAGUUUUAAUUUAGAGUAUGAUUCAGCAUGCGGCAUUUCAGAUGUACCAGAAGGCAUACCAAAUAUAUAUGAACAUACAAAUGACACAAACUUUAAUUCUGUUCCACGCGCCGCACCAUGGAUGGGUCUGUUGUAUGACGUAGACGAGGCACAAUACAUUUGUAGCGUCGUACUACUUAAUGAUGUCUGGGCUAUCAGCACUGCACAUUGUAUAUCUGCACGAUAUGGACAUAAACUGCAGAUCAAACUAGGAAAAACCUAUUCAAAUGUCACUGAACCUGAUGAAGUGUCGUUUGACAUAGUAGUUCAGAAUUGUGAUAUGUAUCGUACUGACUAUUUAAUGUGCCUAUUUAAAUUAGACAGAGAGGUAACAUUUACAUCUUACAUUAGACCAAUUUGUUUACCAACUUUAAAAAGCAAAAACAGCAUACGGGCCAGGGCUGGAAGCAUUGCCUUCACAUUUGGAUGGGGCCGAGAUUUUGACAACUUCUCCAGUAACUACGUUUUACAGAGAAUUCCAUUGAGGAGCAUUGACUGGAAAACUUGCGUGGAAAACAAACAGGAUUUGUGGGCUGCAGACAGGACUUUUUUGUGCGCGGAAUAUAUGGAUGGUAACAACGGUGGAAAACGCUGUUAUGGCCAUUCAGGUGGCCCGUUAGCAAAAUACCAUAACGGCAAGUGGUUUAUGAUAGGUAUAGUGGCGAAUGGUCCUCCACAUUCAGCUUGGCACAACGAGGGAUGUCCAAGACGUGGAAAGUAUGGAUGGUUUUGGAGAACUGUUAAAGUUGACACAUUCAUUAAGAACAUUUUAUAUCAAGACUAAAGUAAAUUCUCGUACGUAGUUUAUAUUUUGGAUUGCAUUGCGCAGUAGUUUAUGUACAAUGGAAAUUGACGUGUUUAUUAGAAAAACAAAUUAUUACAUGUGUUG